AAGGGGAAGGAAGCCGAGGUGCCGGGCGGGCGCGGGGCGCGGGCAGGAAGCGGGGAGGGGCUGCAGGCGGGGGCUCCGGAAAAACGCCCCGACUUCCUGCCCCGCCGGAGCCAGGAAGCGGGAGCCGGGACGCUGGGCGAGGGACCGCCAAGCCCGACCUCGGGCGCCCCGCCGGUGACCUCCCCGCGCGGACACCAGCCCUGCGGAGUCCUGGAGAUGGAAGAAGUUGCCCGAGGGGCGGCUCCAGGGCCUCCCCGGACUAGCGUGGUGCCUGUCAGCAUCAUUGGGGCUGAGGAUGAGGAUUUUGAGAAUGAGCUUGAGGCGAACUCAGAGGAGCAAAACAGCCAAUUCCAGAGCCUGGAGCAAGUGAAGAGGCGCCCAGCUCACCUCAUGGCUCUCCUGCAGCAUGUGGCCCUGCAGUUCGAGCCAGGACCUCUGCUCUGCUGCCUGCAUGCGGACAUACUGAGCUCAUUGGGCCCCAAGGAGGCCAAGAAGGCCUUCCUCGACUUCUACCACAGCUUCCUGGAAAAGACUGCGGUUCUACGGGUACCAGUCCCUCCCAAUGUUGCCUUUGAACUUGACCGCACCCGGCCUGACCUCAUCUCUGAGGAUGUCCAGCGGCGGUUUGUACAGGAGGUGGUACAGAGCCAGCAGGCAGCUGUGAGCCGUCAGCUGGAGGACUUCCGCUCGAAGCGGCUCAUGGGCAUGACGCCCUGGGAGCAGGAGUUAGGCCAGCUGGAGCCCUGGCUUGGCAGGGACCGAGGCAACUAUGAGGCCCGGGAGCGGCACGUUGCAGAGCGGCUGCUGGCCCACCUAGAGGAGAUGCAACCUACCAUCUCCACAGAUGAAGAAAAGAGUGCUGCUGUGGUCACUGCCAUCAGCUUGUACAUGCGCCACCUUGGGGUGCGGACCAAGAGUGGGGACAAGAAGUCAGGGAGGAACUUCUUCCGGAAAAAGAUGAUGGGGAAUCGGCGGUCGGAUGAACCCCCCAAGACCAAGAAAGGGCUGAGUAGUAUCCUGGAUGCUGCCCGAUGGAACCGGGGAGAGCCACCUGCUCCAGAUUUUCGACACCCAAAAGUUGAAGUUGAUGGAGAGAGGCUGGGCAUUACAGACCGGAAGGGAGGCCUGGGUAUGACCUCUCGGGACAGGACAAUUGUGGCUCCUGGGCAGGACAACCCAGGAAUCUCUCUGCAUCCUCUGCCUGGGGACAGCCCUGACCGAGAACCAGGUGUGGACAGCCCCUUGGAGCUGGGGGAUAUGCCCCCACAGGGUCCUACGAGCCUGGAACCCCCAGCACCUGCAGAAAGCACUGAAGAGGGUGCUGAGACAGAGAGCCCUGAGCCUGGAGAUGAUGGGGAGCCAGGACGAUCGGGACUGGAGCUAGAACCAGAAGAACCUCCAGGCUGGCGGGAACUUGUUCCCCCAGAAACCCUGCUUGGCUUGCCCAAGAGCCAGGUGAAACGGCAGGAGGUCAUUAGUGAGCUGCUGGUGACAGAGGCAGCUCAUGUGCGCAUGCUACGGGUGCUGCAUGACCUCUUCUACCAGCCCAUGGCGGACGGGGGCUUCUUUCCUCUGGAAGAACUGCAGAACAUCUUCCCCAGCCUGGAUGAGCUCAUCGAAGUACAUUCCCUGUUCCUUGAUCGCCUGAUGAAGCGGAGACAGGAGAGUGGCUACCUCAUUGAGGAGAUAGGAGAUGUGCUGCUGGCCCGGUUUGAUGGUGCUGAGGGCUCAUGGUUCCAGAAAAUCUCCUCCCGCUUCUGCAGCCGCCAGUCGUUUGCCCUGGAGCAGCUCAAAGCCAAACAGCGCAAGGAGCCUCGAUUCUGUGCCUUUGUGCAGGAAGCUGAGAGUCGUCCACGGUGCCGGCGCCUACAGCUGAAGGACAUGAUUCCCACUGAGAUGCAGCGGCUGACCAAGUACCCCCUGUUGCUGCAGAGCAUUGGGCAGAACACAGAAGAGCCUUCAGAACGGGAGAAAGUGGACCUGGCAGCUGAGUGCUGCCGUGAAAUUCUGCACCAUGUCAACCAAGCUGUUCGUGACAUGGAGGACCUGCUGCGGCUCAAGGAUUACCAGCGACGCCUGGACUUGUCUCACCUACGACAGAGCAGUGACCCCAUGCUAAGUGAGUUCAAGAACCUGGACAUCACCAAGAAGAAGUUGGUCCAUGAGGGUCCACUGACAUGGCGGGUAACCAAAGACAAGGCUGUGGAGGUCCAUGUCCUGCUGCUGGACGACCUGCUGCUGCUGCUCCAGCGCCAGGACGAGAGACUGCUGCUCAAGUCACACAGCCGGACACUGACACCCACGCCCGACGGCAAGACCAUGCUGCGGCCUGUGCUACGGCUCACCUCUGCCAUGACUCGAGAGGUGGCCACUGAUCACAAAGCUUUCUAUGUCAUUUUUACCUGGGACCAGGAGGCCCAGAUAUACGAGCUGGUGGCGCAGACUGUGUCAGAGCGGAAGAACUGGUGUACCCUCAUCACUGAGACUGCCGGAUCCCUGAAGGUCCCUGCCCCUGCCUCCCGCCCCAAGCCCCGGCCCAGCCCAAGCAGCACCCGGGAACCCCUGCUCAGCAGCUCUGAGAAUGGCACUGGAAGCCGAGAGAUGCCUCCAGCUGAUGCCCGGACAGAGCGACUCCUCAGUGACCUCCUGCCCUUCUGCAGACCAGGCCCAGAGGGCCAGCUUGCUGCCACAGCCCUUCAGAAAGUGCUGUCCCUAAAGCAGCUCCUGUUACCUACUGAGGAAGACAGUGGAGCAGGACCUCCCCAGGAUGGGGAUGGGGUACCUGGUGGUGGUCCCCUGAGCCCAGCGAGGGCCCAGGAGAUUCAGGAGAACCUGUUCAGCCUAGAAGAGACCAUCAAGCAGCUGGAGGAAUUAGAAGAGGAAUUUUGCCGCCUGCGACCCCUCCUUUCUCAACUUGGGGGGAGCUCUGUCCCUCAGCCUGGCUGCACCUGAGUCAUCUGUCCAAGCAGGCCUUUCGUGAGGAGGAGAGGAAUGGGGGAGAGGACGCAAGUGGGUCUCCCACCCCCACAGCUGCCGCAGCAUCUCACACCCCAAGGGCCAGAGGAGAGGGAGACUGGCCACGCCUGAGAGGGGCUCUAUUGGGAUCCCUGCCUCCCAAGCUGACCUCUGCCGUCUCCCUCUCGCCUUCUGCUUGGCAGACUCAGGGCUUCAUUCUGGGGGCAGCACCAUAGUCCCCAUCUUUAGGGCCGUCUCAGUAUUGCCUGUGGGGGUCAACCCUCCAUCCCUCACCCCCAAGUGCCUUUGCUCUGUUUUUAUACCUGGAAUUGGAGGUUUAUUUUUAAUAUAUAUUAUCUAAGGAGA